AGAAUCCCGAAUUCCCAUAGAGAAUCAUUAUUUUUGAUGAGUUCUCAUAGUGAGUCUGCCAAAAUAAUGAAUUCUCUUAGAAAAUUGUUAUUUUUAACCAGUUCUCAUAGCGGAGAAUCGUCAUAUUUGGCGAGUUUCCAUAGAGAGUUCGCUAAAAUAACAAAUUCUCUUAGAGAAUCAUUAUCUUUAGCGAUCUCCUAUAGUAGUUCUGCUAAAAUAACGAAUUCUCUUAGAGAAUCAUUAUUUUUUAACAGUUUCUCAUAG